AUGGACACUCCAAUCUUCAAGCGUGCGCGACUUGCCCGUGACGAAGGACGAUCGAUGUCCUGCUCGCAGACACUCAUUGACUACUUUGGAACCCUGCCGCCUGAGCUUCUUGAAGAGAUCUUCAGUCUCGUUCCGAACCCAUCCCGUUUAGUGCUCGCUUCUCGAACAUGGCACGCCGUAUCCGAAUCAACAGCAACGCGCCUGAGGUGGUUGCAAAAUCACUUUCCCAAGCUGCCGUGCGUGCAGGUGUAUCCCGAAGUAUUCGGCAUUGUCGGAAAUCUUUCGAUCGACGACGUUCCUCAGCGCAGUAUUGGCGGUCGACCAGCGGCAAAGGUUCUUCGAUAUUUUCCGCGUCAAAUCCUGAAUGACGGCUUGCUCGCUCGCACGGUGGGAUUUUACCUGGACGCACGCACGGAAUCUUUGCACGUCGAUGGGUCACCCUCUUUGACUGUUGAUGAGGAACACAUGAUGAUACACGCCGGCUCGGUACUUGCGGAGGACACAAGUACGCAAGCCACGACACGAGCGCUACUACAGUACGCGGCGGCGGCGGGAUACGUUGACACGAUGCGCCUACUUCUCUGCGCUCGAUCGAACGAUGGCCGAAACUGUAGCUCUUCAACGGCGUCGUCCACCCAUGCUUCUCCAAGUUUCCGACGGGUCGCUCCUUACGACAUUUUGACGGCACUCACUUGCUCCAUCUCCGCACGGCAGCAACUAACCACGCACGUCCUUUUCCGAUACAUCCACGAAACCCAUCUGAAAUUCGAUCUCUCCGGUCUUCCGGAGACCGCUACACACCCUUCCUUCUCCUAUGCUAACUUGGAGGGCAUGUUCCGCCGUGCCACGGGUGCAGCCGCCGAAGGCUCGGUUCUCUCCCCUUCUGACAUGGUGGCGCUCGUCGAGCUGGUUGAGCCGAGGAGCGCUCAAUCUCUGUUGAUCGAUUACUGUCUGCUGCAACUUUUAAGCGAAUGGCCAGGGAACAUGAACGGCACACCACUGCGAGACGGCCACGCAUUGCAGUGGCGAAGAGGGUCGUACGUCGGGAAAUCUGAAGAGCCGUCCAUACUAGGCCUCGACCUCGUUGCUACGAUGUUACACCACCGAUGUGCCGUCAUGACCCAACUGCAUCCGUCUCAACUCAACUUGCCCACCCACGAUUUCAGUGAAUCAGCUUUGCACGCUUUCCUGAGUGCUGCGCUCAACCCGCACUACAAUUUUCUGAGCACGGCGGGCUCCAACCGCGUCACUCCGGCUCUACUGCGCGCUCACGACGCGUAUAUCAUCUACGAUAUCCUGCAGACCAUCUUGCAACGGGACUUUGCUUCGUGCCUUCGCCUUUUGUUGGAAUCGGGGCUCGAUCCAGAUCUGGACAAUCGGUGGCCAUUACGGUUGGCAUGUCUUUCUUCGGCCAAACGAUGUGUGCGGGAGCUGGUGGUUAUCCGAGGGGUCACUCCGGCGCUUUCGAUCGUCAGGGAGACCGCCGCGAUGGGUCAUGAGGAUGUCUUGAAGAUGCUGUUGGGGAUUGAGUCGACGGACAGAGUCAAUCACAUCUACACCUUCCCCUCGGCUUCCUCGCCCAUAAGCACAUCGUUCGGCCAGCGCCGAUCCUUCAUGCCCCCAUUAGGGGAGAAGCCCUCGAAGCCCGUCGAUAUACCCCGUGCCACACUCUCUGCAGCGCUCAUAGCAGCAAGCGAAAACAACCGACCGUGCGUUGCCCAACUACUACUACGUCACGGGGCCGAUCCCUGCGCUUCCAACGGCUUGCCUCUGCGUAUCGCCCUCGCGCGCGGCUUUACGACGGUGGUUCGCAUUCUCAUCGAGUGGGGAGCGGAGUUGCCUGAAGCGUUGCUAUCUGAGAAGACAUGCGUGCACGACCGCGCUUCCUCGAUACUGUCGCCGGGUGCAUUCAAAUUCUCGUCGCUGCCCGGCAUGUCAUCUUGGGCUCCAGCGGGCUCAUGGCCGUCCUCUCCUGCUGCCAGCGAUGAUGGGGUGAAAUUUUCAUUGGAACAUGUUCCGAAAAUGGACAUUGGAAGCGAUGUCAUGGCCUCGGCCCCCUUAGCCUCACCUUCGCCGCAGCUGUUUUCCGCGGCAUCGUCUCCUUCCGUUGUGUCGACUCCUUAUUGCGAAGACUGCCCGUUUGAUAGCCUACCGGAUGCGAUGUCCAUCGACGGUGCCGAUAACGUCAAGACGGCUAUCGAUGCAUUAUACCCGCCUGCUGAGGAAGUGAUGGCCAGCGAUACCAGACAGCCGACCGUACAUUCUGAGAUAUCGUACCCCGGGUCUCGAGACUAUGCCGCCGCCUUGGCGGAUGUUGCUGAACGCAUGGCUGCAUCAGCAACACACCUCUCCGCGCGGGCCCUUCGCCGCGCCAAAGGUCAAACCAGCAGCAACAAAUCGCAUACCAACUCAACCAAGAGCCAAAGUUCGGGGUCGUCUCGAUUCUCCAGCACAUCCACCUCCGCCAGCAAGCCUGCUUCCACAGUCGGCGCUUUCGCGAACUCUACGGCCAGCACAGCAACACUCAACAACCGAAUCUUUGCCGCUUUGAACAACCAAACGGGAGCAAAAUCUUUCUCGACAUCUUUUGGUGCCGCUGGGCUGCCAGGCUUUGCGGCUGCCACGGCUGCUUGCUCUCCCUCGCCUGCUGCGCAAGUUGGAGUUUCUGCGAACGCUACUCCGACUAAGGCGAAUAUGAGGGCGAGGAGCAGUGGUGCUGGUAUGCUGGCUCUUGCUGAGGAAGCGGAAGAUGAAGAAUCUCAUUGGUGGGUGGUGGGGUUUGGAUUAGAGGGUGAUGGAGCGCUAGACCAGUUUACGGAAGACCAUGGUAAUAGUCGGUCGCACCUGGCGCCGCUCAUAAAUGAGGGUUCAACAGACGAUCCGAGCGUCGCUUGCAGCUCACGCAAUGGGACUGUGGCUCUUGCCUCUGAGGCAUAUUUGGAGGUGCAUUAUCUGGAGGUGCAUUAUCGCCCCAGGUUAUCCACCAGGGGGAUAGGUUCCGAAGCAGGGCGGAAAAGUGUGGGGUGGAAGUGUGGGGAACAGGGGCGUCAUUUCCGCGUCAAGCUUGGUGGAGCGUCACCUGCGUCAGCCUCUGUCCUCAAGAAUCUCAACGCAUAUAAGAGCAGGAAACUUUCUUACAACCAAGCGACAAACAUCAACGCACUCAAACCUCAAGAAGCACACUUCUUAUCAGAAUGGGUGACUGUCAAUGCAGCAGACCGUAACAAGGUGGCCAUCUCAGACCCUGAUGAGUGCAAAUGCUAA